UUCUCGCUUUUUUCACGCUUCUUCGAGAGAGAGAGAGAGAAAUCCGGUUUAGGUUCUGCAUUUCUUUUCAAAGAAACAGGGUUAUAACAAUUAUCAAUUACUUAAUUACUUUCAGUAUGUCGUACUCCAGAAGGUCGAGGUAUUCGCUUUCGCCUUCCCCAUAUAGGCGAGACAGCAGGUCCAUAUCAAGGUCAAGGUCCGGAAGCAGGUCAAGGAGCUCAUCAAGGGACGUGGAGAAUCCUGGUAACAAUUUGUAUGUGACAGGGUUGUCACCCCGUAUAACCAAGAAGGAACUUGAGAAGCAUUUUGCUGCGGAAGGAACGGUGAUUGAUGUUCAUCUUGUCGUAGAUCCGUUGACAAGAGAGUCUCGAGGAUUUGGGUUUGUUACUAUGUCUGCUGUUGAGGAGGCUGAUCGUUGUAUCAAGUAUUUGGAUCGCUCUGUUCUUGGGGGUCGUGUCAUUACAGUGGAGAAGGCUAAGCGGAGGAGAGGACGAACUCCUACUCCUGGGAGGUAUUUGGGGCUGAGAACAAUACGAGGUGGUGGUGGUGUGCGUCGCUGGACGCCUAGUCCUUCACCUCGACGAUCUCCUAGUUACUCUCCUUAUCGGAGGAGCUGGAGUCGGUCUCCUCGUUAUUCAUCUGAACGUAGCAGGAGCAGGUCCUGCUCCCCUCACAACCACCGACGGAGGUCAUAUUCUCCUUACUAUUAUAGCCGUCGACGGUCCUACUCCCGAUCUCGAUCCCCAUACUGUAGGUCCCCUGUCAGCAGGCAUGACAGGUCCAACUCACCUUAUUACUUGAGGCAUCGCUCACCAGAUGACAGAUACUAUAGGAGACACCGAUAUCGCUCUGUAUCUCGCAGCCCUGCUAUAUGUAGGGCUCGGAGAAGCUCAAGGAGGAGCUAUUCAAGAAGCGUUUCCCCCAGACCAAGUAGGAGUGCAAGGAGGAGCUAUUCACGCAGUGUUUCCCCAAGACCAAGGAGGAGCUCAAGGAGGAGCUAUUCACGCAGCAUGUCGCCUGCACCAAGGAGGAGCUCAAGGAGAAGUUAUUCUAGAAGUGUUUCACCAAGACCAAGGAAGUACUCAAGGAGUGGACAUUCUCGAGACAGCUACUCUAGGAGCCGCAGUGCAAGUCCUACUUCCAGAUCUGUUUCAAGAUCUGUCACCCCAAGCUCGGGUUCUCCAUCUCAUUGAAAGUAAAUUGAGGUCUGUGUAAAUUGUUAGGAAAAAAGAUGAAGCUGUUGUAGAUAAAGAAAGAAGAAAGUGAGACUCCAGUAGGUAUGUGGAAUUUGUGGUUUGAGAGCUAUGUUUGCAGGUGUUGUGAUAAUUUCAUGUGUAUGGGGGGGAGCCUGUCUUCUUUCCAGGGACAGCUUAAAACAUUCAGCGUGUUAGUAACAAGAGAGAGACUCGUCUUUUACUUUCUUUCAAAGCA